AUGAAUCAAGAAAAGAAACCGACUAUCCAUAUCAGUGUCAUGUUUCCAGAUUUGACAAAGAUGAAGCAAAUUAGGAAGGAAUUACCCAACAAGUCCGUGAAGAGCUUUGUUCGUAAAUACGGAAAAAUCCUUGACUUACUUAGUGAGAAUGUGAAAAUAGAUGCUAUUACUGCCCUUAUCAAGUUUUAUGAUGUGCCAUUGAGAUGUUUUACUUUUCAAAACUUUCAACUAGCGCCUACAUUGGAAGAAUUUGAUAGGAUUUUGGGAUUCUCCAAAAUCAAAGAGGAUGUCUAUGUGGGAAUUGGUCAAACUACUAAGGUUGAGGAUUUAGCUAAGGCAUUGGGAAUAUCGUAUACUGAUUUUGUGCCUAAUUAUAAAGCAAAGGGAAAAGUUCAAGGAGUAAAAGGACAAUAUUUGGAAGAUAUGGCUCUCGCCUUUGCAAAAGAAAAAGAAUGGGAGGCUUGUGAGGAUUGCUUGGCAUUGUUGAUUUUUGGAUUGGUUCUGUUUCCAAAUGAUGCUGAUUAUGUUGACCCCACCGCCAUCAACGUAUUUUGGGCUGUAAAAGUGUUGAACGUAGAUCCUACUCCAACUUUGCUGGCUGACGUGUAUUAUGCCAUCAAUGCACGUUAUGAAAAGGGGAGAGAUGCACUACGUUGUUGCAUUCCUUUGUUAUUUUCAUGGUUCAUGUCUCAUCUUUAUAAGGAUGAUUAUUUGAUUCCGAACUUGGAUAAACAUGGAUGGGCUCAAAAGUUGAGGGCUCUUAAUGCUGACUUUAUACUGUGGUAUGCUAGAAGGUUGGAUAUCAGAAAAAUUGCUUAUAAAUGUGGAACAUUUCCUAAUAUACCGUUGAUUGGAACAAGGGGUGUAUCAACUAUAACCCCUCUUUGGCUUUACGUCAACUUGGGCAUCCUUUAA